CCACCCUGGUGCUCUAUUCCACACCCUCUGCUCAUGAGGCCAUGAAGCUCUGGCUGGCCUGGAGUCAGGUCACCCCUCCUUGCCCCUCCACAAUCCAGGGAUUCCCUGCUGCCAAGGGUCUGGGAACAGAAAGGGCCCUGGAGGGACCCGGUCACUGACCCAGCCCCCAUUGGCUGUACCCUCUGCAAGGUCUCAGAGUCCUGGACUGACCCCAGAUGGUUCCCACUGCACAGAUGGGGCCUGGGGAAGUGGAGUGGCUGGCCCCUGGCCACACAGGAAGACCCCACCCCCUAUGGAACCUCCUGCUCCUGCUGUGGAUCCUCCUGAACUGUGGUUUGGGGGGCAGUGCUCAGGGGCCGGGAGAGUGGACACCAUGGGGUUCCUGGAGCCGCUGUUCGAGUUCCUGUGGGCGGGGGCUCUCCGUACGAAGCCGGCGCUGCAUCCGGUUUCCCAGGGAGGAGCUGUGCCGGGGGGACACCCACGAGUACCGCCUCUGCCAGUUGCCAGACUGUCCCCCAGGGGCCAUGGCCUUCCGAGACAUCCAGUGUGCCCUCUACAAUGGCCAGCCUGUCCUCAGCCUCCAGAAGACUUACCAAUGGGUGCCAUUCUAUGGCGCGCCCAACCAGUGCGACCUCAACUGCCUGGCCCUGGGGCAUGCCUUCUACCAUAGCUUUGGCCGCGUCCUGGAUGGCACUCCCUGCAGCCCGGGUAGCCAGGGACUCUGCGUUGGGGGACGCUGCCUAAGCGCCGGCUGUGACGGUUUGAUGGGUUCGGAUGCCCGCGAGGACCACUGCGGCCGCUGUGGCGGCGCCAACGACUCGUGCCUCUUCGUACAGCGCGUGUUUCGUGACGCCGGAGCCUACGCUGGAUACUGGAAUGUGACACUGAUCCCCGAGGGCGCCAGACACAUCUACGCCGCCCAUCGGAGCCGCAACCAUUUGGCGCUGAUUGGGGGCGACGGGCACUACGUGCUCAACGGCAAGUGGGAGGUCAGCCCGCCCGGGACUUACGACGUGGCAGGCACCCGCGUGGUUUACACCCGCACUACAGGGCUAGAGGAGACACUGCGUGCGGCGGGACCCACCACCCAAAACCUGCUUCUGCAGGUCCUCCUGCAGGAGCCCAAUCCUGGCAUUGAGUUCGAGUUCUGGCUCCCUCGGGAACUCUACAGCCCCUUCCAGGAGCAGGCACAGGCCCUGAGCUGGUCCCUGAGGCAGCCACAGCCUCUGGAGGUGGAACCUCAGUCUUCUGAGCCCAACGAAGCCCCGGCUUUCCCCACAAGGACCCCAAACCCCACCCCAGAUCCCUGCCCACCCUGUCCCGACACCCGCGGUCGUGCCCAUCGGUUGCUUCACUAUUGCGGCAGUGACUUUGUGUUCCGGGCUCGAGUGCUGGGCCACCUCCGCCAGGCCCAGGAGACCCGCUAUGAGGUGCGUGUGCAGCUUGUCUACAAGAACCGCUCACCACUGCAGACCUUUGAAGACAUGCAGUGGAGAGACAGAGAAGAUGGCCGUGGAGAUGACAAUGGAGGUGGACACUGAAGUGAUAAGGCCACAGGCCAAGGGAGGCUGGAGCCCCCAGAAGCUCGAACAGGUAGGAAGGACCCUCUGCUGGAAUCUCAGGAGGGAGUGCGGUCCUGUAACAGUGACUGGCCUUCAGAUGUGAGAGACUAAAUCUUUGCUGUUUUAAGCACCCCCCUCCAAUAUGCUGUAAUGUGUUAUGGUCAUCCUACACCCUCCAAUCUCUGACAGGUCUAUACCCCAGAGAAAUGAGAGCUGUGCUCGCCGAAGGCCAGUUCUAGAAUAUUCCUAGCAGCUUUAGUCACAAUAACCCUAAACGGGAAACUACUCAAAUGCCUAUCAGCAAUGGAAUGGGGCAAGUGAACUCUGGCCUACGCACAGAAUAGCACACCAUCCACCAAUGAAAAAGAGCAAAGUACUGGCAAUUCUCACAGUGGGCUGAGUCCAACCGACACAGCUCUGAAUCGCGUAGGAAAGGAUGGAAGGCACUGUUGGGACUGGGGAGAGACUGGGAGGGGCUGGCCCUGGCACCCUACUAUCUCUGAGUCACUGGUUACACUAUUCUGUGUGUUCAAAUUAAUCCAAGUCUGAGGGGCUAAAGGUCAAUAUCUCCACAUGGGAAGACAAGUAUGUGUUCUCUCCACUUGUGCUCCCUGAUGAGCUGACCAGGGCUGGGUGAGGGAUACCUUUGAGCACCUGUUUUUCUGCCCCCCCGGGGUGGCGGGGUACAGGGGAUGCCAGGUGCAGAGCGAGGCCGGCACAGCCAUUCCCUCACCCCAGACCAAAGCCAAACACCACGUUCUUCACACAGCUUGGCCAGUUAUAUAAGCAGAUUAUGAGAUCCCUGUCCCCAACACCCACAUAGGCUUCUUGGCAAGAUGGGGGUUCAUCAAUGAUUACCUUCAAUCUGUCCCUUCCUCCCCCUUGACAAAUCUUAUGACCCCAAGGAAAAGCCUUCUGGGUACCAUCAUGGUCCACCCCCAUACUCAUCUCCUCUCUUCCCCUCACUCACUCAGCUCCAGCCAUACAGUCCUUCCUGUUCUUCCUCUGUCCUGCCAGACGCAGGCCUGCCUCUGGGCCUUUGUACAGGCUCUUCUCUCUGCCUGGACCACCCCUGCCCUGAUUCUCACAAGAUUCAUGCCUUCACCUUCCCUCCUUCAUGUCUCUACUCAAAUGUCACUUCCUUAAACAGGCCUUUCCUUGACCCUGACAUUACAGCCCUGGCCUCCUCACCUCCCAGCUGCUUUUCCCCCCCAUUAUUCACCUCCCUCUAACAUGUUGUACAUUUAUCUUGACAAUUGUUGCCUCCCCAAACUCCCAGGAUUUUUUAUCUCUCUGGGUCAAUACUGUAACCUUGGCUUCUGGAUCAGGGCCUGGCAAACCGUAAGUGCUGAGCAUCUGCUGAGUGAUGGAAUGAAUGAUUUGAACCUGCUGCUCAGCAGUAGCUCAGCACUUCCACUUUCCUUGUUAGCGUUCUCAAGGAUGAGGACACAGGGUAGUGGUGUUGGUGGCUGCAUGGGGCUGCAUCCUUUUUUUAGGAGGAAACUGCUUUAGAAGAGGCCACUCGCAGCUGGGGGACAAGCAGGGCCUACUAAGGGGUGAGGGGCAUGACACAUCAAAGGAUUUCGGGACUUGGCUGAUGCGUUUAGGCAGAAACUGGAAGUGUCUCCAGAUAUCAUUGCCCAACACCUCUGAGACAAAAUUGCCCCCAGCUGAGAAUAACCAUGUUACAGCCUUGGGAGCACCUGCAGGGUGAGAGUUUGUGGCUCAUUCUGCCAAACCUCUCGUGUUUCUACCAGAAGCUGUGGUAGAACCAAGGAGAAGCAUAGCUUUGGAUGGCGGCUGAGUGGUGAGAGGGGUGGACCGAAAGACACUGUGUGGGCCCCAGGUCCCCCCCAGCUAUGACUGCAGAUGUCUCAGGGUCACAGCCCCCUCCCCUGGGUACAAAACCUGCCCCCCAGGCCAAAGAUCAAGCUCAUUGCGUGUACAGUUCAGGCUCCAGGCACUCCUGCCCCCACUGAGAGCACCUCUUGAUUCAGCUCCUCUCCUACCCCACCAUAUCCCCCAGCUUCCAGCUCAGGAUCCACCUCCAGAAACUUAUACUUGCACAGGGGGUGUUCUGUGCUUUGUAUAUUGUUGGAUUACAUGUGCUAUUCUUUGGAUUUUUUUUCUUUGCAUCUAUAUCCAUGCACCAGGCUUGUCACCUUUCUUACAUGUUCCAUCUCUGCCUGGUUUCAUGAUCAGUGUCAUUGCAGGCCUCACAAAGGAACCCAAGUGCAGGCUGUAGGAGGCCCCAUCAAUGUCCACACAUCUCCCCUCUCCCACUUUUCACAAAUGCCAGUCUGACAUUGACUGCCAGCCUGCAGGCCUCUUUGCUGCCCGCAGAGGGAUGGUGGAUGGAACAAAUGGCCACUUCUCUUCCAGUUACCACCAUGGUGGACAGUCUCUGGCUCCCUGAGCACCUGGGCAGAGUCUCAGGUGUGCAUUGGGCACAGGCUCCUGGAGCUCCAGGUGCCCACAGUUGUUCCAGGCUUGGCCAUGCCCACUUCUUUGGCUCCUUCUCCUACCACUCCCUACUGGAGCUUCCUGGGAUCCCCUUCCAGAAGAAAAAUCUGGACUUGAAUUCUCAUCUCCGAUUCAUCUUGGCCACUUGACCUCUAUUCUGGUCCUUGUUUUCCUCAUCUGUAAAGUGGGGCUUUUACCUUCUCAUCUCUGAUUAGAGAUGAUCUCAUCUCUGAUCAUCCCCCCAAACCCCCUUGUCCCCUCCCCCCUGGACA